AUGUGGACCACCAGACCAGACCUGCCUAAGGGUCACAUUGACCUGGGAGAGUUUGUCAUUAAAUGUAUAACAAAGGAUGACAAGGAUUCUGCUUUUACUAGAAAAAUAUAUGAUGUAGUGUACGUGGACCAGGAUACUUACAGCGUGCUGCAGAUCUUCAAGUCAGAGCUGCACCCCUCUGUGUACAAGCUGCAGUCUGGGGAGAAGGAAGGGCUCAGUCUCUAUGGGAUACUGAAUCACUGCAGGUGCAAGUUUGGCUCCAAACUGCUUCGCCAGUGGUUUCUGAGGCCUACUCGUGACCUGGCGGUGUUAAACAGGAGACAGGAAGUUGUGAGAUUCUUCUCCUGUCCACGCAACUCUGACUCCCUAAACACUUUGCAGUCCUCCCUACGCAACAUCAGGAACAUGCCGACUCUCCUGCGUUCGAUGUCUCUGUCUCACACCAAAGUCUCUGACUGGCAGGGUCUCUACAAGACAGUGUGUAUCAGGGACACAGUGCGCUCCCUGCCUCAGUCCAUCCAACUCUUCCAGGAGAUCAGUGAGGGAUUCUCAGAUGACCUUUACUACAUCGCCUCACUCAUCAGCAGAGUGGUGGACUUUGAGGGCAGUUUAGCAGAAAACCGUUUCACUGUCAAACCCAAUGUGGACCCUGCUAUAGACGAGAAGAAGAGGAGGAUGAUGGGACUGUCUGACUUCCUGACAGACGUGGCUCACAGAGAGCUGGAGCACCUGGACACCUGCAUCCCCUCCUGCUGCGUCAUCUACAUCCCCCUGAUAGGGUUCCUACUCUCAGUCCCUCGGUUGCCCAGCAUGGUGGAGAAAGAGGACUUUGAGAUUGAGGGCCUUGACUUCAUGUUUCUGUCUGAGGAGCGUCUGCACUACCGCAGUCAGAGAACCAAUGAGCUAGAUGACCUGCUGGGAGACUUACACUGUGACACCAAAGGUCAGGCUAUGUCGCAUGCUCUGAACCACAGCAGCGGUCACUCACUGGUCCUGAUUGAUGAGUUUGGGAAAGGAACUAACACGGUGGAUGGGCUUUCCCUUCUAGCGGCAUCUAUCUCUCAUUGGCUGAAAAGAGUUCCAGCUGAGGUUCCUCACAUUCUAUUGGCCACUAACUUCCACAGUCUGCUACAGCUGGGUCUCCUACCUUCCUCAGGCCUGCUGUCACUACUGACUCUGGAGACAGCGGUGGAUGGGGAUGAAUUAGUGUUUCUGUACCAGCUGAAGGAGGGGAUCUGUCGCUUCAGCUACGCAGCCAACUUCGCUACACUGGCAGACCUUCCCCCUAGCCUCGUACAGAGAGGAGUGGCGGAAAGCUACACCACACACACAGACUACUAUACAUUUUAUAACCCCAAUGAGUUUCACUCCUUUCCCCUGUGGAAUGUCCAUGUGAAGAAGUUUCUGUGUGUGGACCUUGAGGACCAGAGUGUGGAUCUGCAGCGCUACAUGAAGGAGGAGCUGCUUCCCUCUGGAGGAGACCUGCUCUAACAGCAACGCUACUGUUGUCUGUCUAACAGCAACGCUACUGUUGUCUGUCUAACAGCAACGCUCCUGUUGUCUGUCUAACAGCAACGCUCCUGUUGUCUGUCUAACAGCAACGCUACUGUUGUCUGUCUAACAGCAACGCUACUGUUGUCUGUCUAACAGCAACGCUACUGUUGUCUGUCUAACAGCAACGCUACUGUUGUCUGUCUAACAGCAACGCUACUGUUGUCUGUCUAACAGCAACGCUACUGUUGUCUGUCUAACAGCAACGCUACUGUUGUCUGUCUAACAGCAACGCUACUGUUGUCUAUCUAACAGCAACGCUACUGUUGUCUGUCUAACAGCGAACGCUACUGUUGUCUGUCUAACAGCAACGCUCCUGUUGUCUGUCUAACAGCAACGCUACUGUUGUCUGUCUAACAGCAACGCUCCUGUUGUCUGUCUAACAGCA